AUGAAAUUUAUUUAUUUAUUCAAAAAAGAAUCAACACUCCAAAAUUGUAUUAACGAGUUAAAAUUAAAAAAUCCAGGUAAAGAAAUUAAAAUUCAUUGUUAUUUCGAUUUUAGAGUAAAUGGAGAAGAUAAAAAAACAACUUUUUGUUUAUUAAAAUUAGAAUCAAAUAUUGAAAUUCCUUAUGAAACUUUUGAAAUAUUGAAUAGAAAACAAUUUGAAAAAAAAUUUAAUGGUUUAGAAAAUAAAUUAGAAAUAAAAAAUAUUCCAUCAACAUCAUCAUCACCAUCAUCGUCACAAUUAUUUUUAACAUUACCAGCUACAUCACAAUCAUCACAACCUAAAUCAACAAAUUCAUCAACCGAGUCAUCUUCAAUAGGUCAAUUCAAAAAUCAAGUUGAUGAAAAUGAAAUCAACCUUAAUAAAAAUAAAAUUGAUGAAUUUCAAAAAGAUGUAAUAUCACUUCAACAAAAAGUAUCAUCUCUCUUUCAACAGUAUAACAAAGAAAAUGAAAAAAAUAAAACAUUAAAUCAAAUAUUUGAUAUUCAAAAUAAAAUUCAAAAAAUGCAACAACAAAUACAUUUUAUACAAAAUAAUCAAGAAAGUUUUAUUACUUUGUUCAUUAACUAUAAAGUGAAAAUUGGCUCUGCCUUUAUAAUUUAUAUUUUUUAUAAUGUUUUAUUUUUUAUAAUUGUCCGAUUUAAUUCUUUUUUUUUUUUUUAA